AUGGACUCUGGCUUUGACAGAAUUUGCUUUCAGUUAGAUUUCCGAUGCACCAACAACAUGGCUGAAUAUGAAGCUUUAAUCAUUGGCCUCGAAAUGCUGGGACUUCCCUUCGACCCUAGCACCUACCGUUUCGUCAAGCAUUUCGCCUUCCUAAGAACAAAAGAAAAGCUGCAAAGGCAGAAUCCUCUCGGCCUCGCAACUGCAGUAUUGAAGGCCGAGGCCGAAGGCCGUAAAAGACACGGCCUAAAAAAGCUAUGGUUGAAUCACCACGUGGCCUCAGGGCCCCACGCUCCAUUUAAUGAAGUAAUGCCUCUGACUUCGCAGCAAAACCCACUAGCCACAAGAGGCAUUCAAUGCAUAAGGGAAGUGACUGAAAUCACCAACCACCAGACCAGGGCAUUAAAUGCGUUCCCACGGCCAAGGGGGCAGAACACACAAUCAGGGCGGUGGCCGAGAUUUAUCGAGAUUUAUGGGGGUCACACUACCAUGCUUCUCAACCCCAAACCACCAUGCUUCACGAUCCCAAAUGCCGAUUUGACUACCCACUAG